GUAACGUCCCUGUGAGUAAACAAUAUGUUUUCUUUUCGUGUAGCUCAGACACUGCGUCUUAGUAAAGCCGGCAGAGUUAUUGCGGGCUUUGGGAUUUCAGCCAUAGGAAUCGGAAGCUAUAUCGGCUUCACGGCGAUUCACGCCCGCGAGGAAAGAAUCGCUGAUGUAGCUCAGACAUUUAUGGGAAAGCCGUUGACUGAUAUUAAGACGCUGGAAAAAAAUAAGGACAGUAUGCGUACGAAGAUGGAAGUUAUGAUUCUAAAGGCUCAAGGUGAAAUUUGCAGAAAACUAUCUGAUUUGGACGGGAAGAAAUUCCAGGUAGACCGGUGGGAGCGCCAGCAAGGAGGCGGUGGAAUGACAUGUGUUAUUCAAGACGGUAAGGUUUUUGAGAAGGCUGGUGUCAAUGUGUCUGUGGUGUAUGGUACCCUUGCUGCCAAGGCUGCACAACAAAUGAAGAGCAGAGGAAAGGGGUUCAAGGGAGAGGACCUGCCAUUCUUUGCGUGUGGAAUAAGUUCUGUCAUCCAUCCCAGAAAUCCUUAUGUGCCGACUGUUCACUUCAACUACCGAUACUUUGAGGUCACUGAUAUUGAUGGUCAAAAGCAUGCAUGGUUUGGUGGAGGCACGGAUCUAACUCCAUACUAUCUAAAUGAACAGGAUGUAAUGCAUUUUCAUGGGGUGCUCAAGAGAGUUUGUGACAAACAUGAUGCAAGCUACUACCAGCGUUUCAAAUCAUGGUGUGACAAGUAUUUUUUUAUUCCUCACAGAGGUGAGUGCAGGGGUGUAGGAGGUAUUUUCUUUGAUGAUCUUGAAGACCCAACAGAAGAAAAGCUGUUUAAUUUCCUGGAAAGCUGUGCCGCAGCAGUAAUUCCAGCUUAUGCUCCCAUUGUUGAGAAGCAUAUGAACGAUCCUUACUCAGAGGAAGACCGCAAGUGGCAGCUUUUGAGAAGGGGAAGGUAUGUUGAGUUUAACUUGGUGUAUGACAGAGGGACGAAGUUUGGCUUGUACACACCAGGAUCCCGCAUUGAGAGCAUCCUCAUGUCCCUACCUCUUAAGGCGCGGUGGGAGUAUAUGCAUGUCCCUGACAAGAAUAGCCGCGAAGAGAAGAUGCUGGAAGUGCUGAGGAAUCCCAGAGAAUGGAUCCAGUGAAACACAUAAAGGAAUGAUGAAAUCUAUAUUUUUCUACAGUAAAUAAUUGCAGAUACUUUAUAAUAAAUAACAUAAUUUAUAAUUUGAGUAAAUAGGUAAUGGGGUAAGGGUAAUCAUGAUAACUGAUAGAUUUAUUUAACUAUUGUUGUAGUGAAUUGUCAUGAGUCCAGCUUUUAUUUAUAAUAUUCAGCAAUGUACAUUGUCACCAAGCAUACCGCACAUACAUAAAACUUUAUUAUAAAAUGUGAAACUUGUCAACAGACUUCUCAUGUAUGAUAUAUUCUUCAUGAACCACCUUUUAAUGGCAGUAAGAGGAAAAAUUUAGAAAUAGACUCAGUAAAAUAGGACCCAGCUAUAACCUCAGUUUAAUAUUGUUAGGCACCUGGCUUAUUUGAUUUAUGUUUGCAUGAAUUGUUACCCUCUUUGUUCCCUGUGAGUCGCUCUGUCUCCUACUGUAUUGAGAUACAUUAGGAGACAUGGAGCAAAAGAAACAAAACUGUCAAGCAUUAUAGAAAAGACACGCAGUUACCUGGGGCAAAUUAAAAGCUGGACUCUGUUGUAAUAGCCUAAGGUUUUUAUAUGUAGACUUCAAAUAAUGACAUGAUAAUUAUGUGAUUGCGGGACAUGUUGGUUUGAUGUUAUUUACACUUCAUUUUCUAGAAAAGAAAAAUCAGCAUUACUGGAAGUAAAUGUAGGUUGUGAGAAAAAGUUUUUUUGUUGUUGUUGUUUAGAUCAUUACUUAGGUGAUAACUAUAAACCCAUCAUUAGAGCAGAGACAGGAGUUUGCACCAAGAUUCACAUAUGAAUCUUUAAAUACCUUUUUGUAACUCCCCAGUGUAGCCUGCUGGAGAUUUAGAACUCCAUGAACAAACUAAAUACACCUAAUGUUUUUUUUUUUUUUUUGAAGCAAUAAUAAAGUAAGUGACAUUGAA